UAAGCAAGUGUUUACAAAUAACAUCAUCAGGAGAGUAUAGGUAUCCUAUCUGAAGUUAAAUUACAAUACAGUGUUGGCUACUCGAGGAGUUUAACCUCAAAUAUUUUCUCAGUGCUGAUCGCAAAAACUCCCAGUAAUUUCAUCUAAUUAAUCUAAUGAUAAAAAAAAGCAGAAUGGACAUAAAUAGGGUGAAAAAUGAGCCGAUUGGUAUUUUGCCGAGUGCAGAUGACGAUUAUAAUUUCGAUUUGGUGAACUCUAGCGAAGACAAAAACUUUGAAACAUUCACAUAUACAGCCAGUCACACGUAUCAGGAUAUGAAGAUCCAGGAAAAUACAGAUGAAAAAAAAACCGUAGAUUUUGAGUGCAAAAAUGUUAAAGUGGUACCGACAUCGCUAUCGACAGUAAUCUUCAAAUCUGAGCAUCAAAAUUGUCAACCCGUCGUAAAAAUAGAAAACCAAAACCGAACAAAUUAUUUGAAUGAAAGUAUAUUUAUUGAUUUCGAGUGCAAAGAUGUUAAAAUUGAAGCAAAGUCAUUAUCGACAACCAUCUGCCAAACUGAAGAUCAAAGUUAUCCAUCAAUUGUGAAAAUAAAAAACCAAAUUGACAUCAAUUGCUUGAAUAAUACAGAUUCGUUAAUUUUAAUGGAUACGAAACAUGAAAGAAGAGAAACAUAUAAGAGUAAAACUCACGGCGAUUUAUUAAGAUGCCAAAACAAACUUAAAAAUUAUGCUGAUAAAAUACAAGAUCGUAGCAAACUUUUGAAAUGUGAGAUUUGUCAUAAAUCAUUUGAACAAGAGGUUAUUCUCGAAUCUCACACGAAUGCAGUUCAUAUUCGUAUAAAACCUUUCGAAUGUGUCAUUUGUCAAAAAUCAUUUCGAUACCGGGAGUACCUCAAAAAACACAUAAAAGUAGUACACGAUCGCAGCAAAACCGUCGAGUGUCAGUUUUGUCACAAAUCAUUUUCAGGCAACGGUAAUCUCAAUAAACACAUAAACGCAGUACAUGAAUGUAAAAAACCUUUUGAGUGUAAACUGAAAAUUCACGUGAAUGCUGUACACAAUCAAAUCAAAUCCUUCGAUUAUCAGUUUUGUCAGGAGUCAUUUGGAUACAAAAGUAACCUCAAUGCUCACAUAAAUGUAAUACCAUAA